AUGAGCGAGGCCGGUCGCCUGUGCUCCGGCUACUACAGCCUCAAUCACAGCUUCGUGGAGCCUUUCCAGUGUCCCCGGCGAGGCGAGGGGGCCGCGCUCCGCUACUGCUGUGGCUUCGCCGACCUCAAGUACUGCUGCAGCGAGCCGGGCAGCUACUUCCCCUACAAGCACAGCUACAUGUGGAGCCUCAGUGUCGGCGCUCUGAUUGGACUGGGAAUUGCCGCCCUCGUUUUACUGGCCUUUGUCAUCAGCGUCUGCGUCCUUUGCUAUUUAUUUCUGUAUACGAAGCCUCGGAGGUUAGACACUGGCCUUAAACUUCAACACCUGGAGGCGCUUUCCUCUCGAGAAGGCAACCCAAGCAGAGAGAUCAAAGCCGUCAACUCAAAUGUAGCAUCCAACUCAACCAAUGAAACGUCCUACGAAGCUGAUGAUGUAGUUCAAGAAAAAGCCAUGGAUACAGCACAAAUCAACAUUGUUUCUUAAUCAGAAAAAACCCUGUGUUCAAAAAGCUGAGGCUCAUGGAGGAGAUGCAGCAAUAAGAAUUACAUUUCAAAUAUAGUCGGCACAUUGCUUUUCAAGUAUUCCUCACUCCCCAAAGUGAGACCCAACUGCGUUUUUCAGUAUUUAUUCAGGAAGUGAGUCUACUCUCACCUGCUAAUUAGAAUGUUUUUGUAUUACCUCAAAUUAUGCCAACUCUUCAGGAGAAAUUGCAGACCAGUAACAUAAGUAAACCUAUUUGAGUUUAUCUCACACUACUAGCAUUUUGCAAUAUUUUUGUACUGGCAGGCAAUUAUUUUUUAAUAAGAGAUGGUUUUGGAUAGCUGAAUUGUCUUAUGAUCCAUGAGCACACACACAGUACACUGUACUUAUAAAAGCUGGCAUUCAAUAACAACAAAAAAAACACAUAGUCCCCAUAAUAAAUAUUUUGUAUCAUUUCAAAUGAUAAUCACAGCAAAAUUUCUUCACUGAUAAGUUUCCUAAAGAAUUUCUGUUAAGUUAGAAGGCAAAAUAAUUUUUUUGGUCCCAUUUACUGCUCUCACAUCAAUACUAGUUAGUCAUCUUGAAAUAAAAG